UGUCUUUUGCACUUUGGGAUCGGCUAACGAACCAUCACGACACCCCGCUAUAAGCGGAUCGUGACAUUAAAUUGGCGUCACGGACAGGAUUUCUGUCCAGGCAGAAGGGUGCAGGUUCUGUGUAGUCUGUAACAGGGGAAGGACGUUUCUCUCCAGCCGCACCUAGCCUGCCAGUCCAAAAAACUGAGCAUGGUCUAGAAAGCAAGGGGGGAGAUUCGAAUUUCCCGCAGACUGCACAUUGCCUAGGCGAAAAAGCACCCACACUGUCUUCAGAAAUUGCAAAAGAUCUCUUAGUGCAAAAGGCGGGACACUGUGUUGUUUUAUGUGUGUGUUUGCACUGUCUGGGAAGGAAGGGACAACUUGAGGAAACUAAGCAGAGCCUCCUAGGCAGGUUUUGUCUCUUCACCCACCCAGGGAAGUGAAGGGUGACACAGCGAAGGCUGUGUGCUUUGCGUAACUUAAGUUUGUACCUCCCUGCCGUGGUUUUGGUCCCUUCACAAAAUGAGUAAUAAUCUUAAUGCUAAAGCUAAAGAUGAAUUUUAUGCUCUACUAGCUAAAUACAAUGCCAAACCUUCUCCGAGAGGAGAAGAAUGGGCACAAAGUAAUUGGUUUAAUUUGGAUAAUGUGGUUGAUAGAAUAUGUUCUUUACAACAUGAUACAAAAUUUAAACUGGGCAGAAAUAAAACCAUCUUAUGCUCAGUUUUGGGAGCUUGUCUUACGGCAGCUGUAGAAACUCGCUUCGAGAGAAGAAGUGAGGAAAAUGCAAUAAUAGACUCCCUUCAAAAUUUGGUUGAAAUUUUACAAAAACAAUUACAUGAAGAAAGGAAUGAAAAACAUUCAUUGAGAAAUGAGAACUGUGCAUUGAGAGCUGCCUUAAAAGAGGAACACGUUAACAAGUCACAUAAUGCUGAUUCCUCUAUAAAUCCCGAGGAAAAGGAAACUCCUCGCAUUAACCAAAUUUAUCCUCACAAAGAACUUGAGGCAGUAAAUAAUUAUGGGGAACAUUGCUGCUCUCAUUUAAGACCCUUAAUUAAAACAGAAUAUAACUAUCUCAGUGAUGAUGAUCUUGAACCCCACAUCACAACCAAACACAUACCAUACACUGCCACCGAGUUAGCUGAGCUUAAAAGAGAAUACGGACGCCUCCCAUACGAAUCAGAAACAGAAUAUGUUUUCCGGGUGUCCCUCACCGGUGGCGAUCAAAUUAAAUUAACUGAACAAGAAGCCAGUGGGUACUGGGGACACGGUGUCUUCUUAACAACAGGAGAUAAACGUGACUCGUGGUCCCUGACACAACGUGUGGCUUUUUGGGCUGGGGGAACAAGCCCCUUGGAAAGGGGAGAUCCUAUAGCUAUAAUCAGUACCCCCGACCAGCUCCUAGAAAGUGUACACAAAGCCGCUUGUCUGCAAAUGAUUCGCAGAAAGAAAUUAAUUCCUGGCUUUGAAUCCCCGAUGCAAUUACCUGUGAAGCCUGAAAUAAUGACCCCUUUAAUUUGUGGGCUUCCAGAAACACUCAAACCUACUGCCAUAGCCUUACAGAAAACUACAGCAGCUGUAUCUCCUGUAGAAAGACCAGACAGAUUUCCUAGUAACCAGAACAACUCAUUGGUUCCCCUUUAUGACUUGCUGAGGAAAGGAGUAAAAUGGGAUUGGACUUCUUCUCAGGAAGAAGCAUUGCAAUUGCUGAUUUUUGAAGUAACAGCUCAUCAAGCUCUGGGUCUCGUUCAUCCUACAGACCCCUUUCAGGUAGAAUGGGGAUUUGCUGUCUCAGGAUUGUCAGUACACAUUUGGCAGCGGGGACCCGAGGGUCCAACAAGGCCUGUUGGUUUUUAUUCCCGUGGUUUCAGAGAUGCUGAGAAAAGGUGCACUACCUGGGAAAAGGGAUUGUUUGUGGUCAGCCUGGCUCUCAUUGAAGUGGAAAGACUUGCACUACAACUACCAAUUGUAUUGAGAAGCCCUUUCAAUGAUACUAAGACAGUCACUACUGGGACCCCCCCUCCUGACGGGGUGGCCCAGAGGGCCUCGGUAAGAAAGUGGUAUGAUCAGAUUGAACAUUACUGUAACAUCUUUACAAUAACAGAAGGAGCUGUGAAAAAUUUGGCAAUACAAGAAACUGAGAGCUUGGAUAGCAGCCAGGACAAACCUGCCUCUGUAAUCAAAGUGGCCCCUCCUUUCUGCCCUGAACAAUCAGCAAACUCUUGGUUCACUGAUGCCUCUGCUAAACGAGAAGGGAAGGUGUGGACAUACAGGGCAGCAGCCCCCCACAUUUCCUCUGGUGAACUAAUUAAUGAGGGAGAAAGCAGUUCUCAGGUCAAGGAGCUGAGAGCUGUCUGGAGUGUUUUCCAACAAGAAGCACAGAACGCCUCUCUUGUCUGUCUCUACACUGACUCCUAUGCUGUGCACCAAAUGAUCCUGAUAAUCCAGCACAUUACCCUGGCCAACCUGUUCUGGUGGACAUCCCUUACUAUAGGGCUAGUACCACUUGUGCUAAAACCCCCUCUGAAUAAAUGUGCAUGGAAAGCCUCUGGUGCUCUAGGGAAAGAGCAUUGGAUAAAUACGUGCAGGAUAAUUCCAUCAUUCUAACCUCUUCUGCCUCUCGCUGGCAGGAUUCUGUUGUGUUUACUUUUACAGAAGAACUCCGAGGGACAUGAAGACCACCUAAUUCAUGAUAAAACUGGUAAUACUGUCCUGCAUCCUACCACAACCCCAUGGCCAGAAACCAGCUGAGUGGUUGCGGUCUGAAAUAAUUGUGGUAGUAUGCAGAAAAAGUGAAAAGAUCUCUUUAAGCACAAAAAGGUUUGUAUGCACCGAAGCGUACAGGAUUGUUGACACAAUUUCACAUUAACACAAACUGCAGAAGUAGCUUGUCUUUGGUCCAAAAAUACUGAAGCGCUUUCUUUUAAGUUUAAAGUAUUGAUUUAAAUACUGGGGAGAACUUGAUGUUAAUGUUGUGAUACCUACCACCCAACCACCAGUUAUGCUUACCCCAAAAAUUUCUAAAGUUGAACCAUAUAUAAUCAGGAAAAAUGGCCAACAACAAAUAUUGUUCAAUCCGGCAUGGUCUCUUAAACAAGUUAAAUUGCUAAUGCAAAGCAAUGUCUCUGAAAUUCAGCCAGCUUGUUCACCUUUCUUGUAAACUUCUUUCCAGGGUUGGACGACCUGGUUACGACAGUGGAACCCUUCUAAAACACGGAUACCAAGAGACAUAACUGGUGUUGUGGGAACAGGAUUGGGAAUUCUAAAUAGUAUUAAUUCAGAAGUAUUAUUAAAUAAAUUGGCUGCUACAACUAAAGAUUUGACCCAAUUACAACAACCAUUGCAAUCAUCCUUAUCAGCCUUGGGAACGCAUCAGUGGUUGCUAACAAACAUAUUACCAAAUUGGGAAAAGGUAAAUAUGAAUGACCACGAAUUGAUAAUUGAUGCACUCAAUUCUACACAAAGCAACGUUUCCUUAGCCCUUAGCUGCAUCCAGGCACAAUUAUGGAUGCAGUCAGUUGCUGCUUCAAUUAUAAGAGAAGGUGAAGAAGGCACGUUUCCUAUGGAAAUUCGGAAGAUAGUUUGGGACAGUGCCACUGACUUUGAAAAAGAUUUCCAAUCCUGGUGGAAUUUGGUGAACUUUACUUAUGACCCCACUGCAAACUUAGCCACAGCUUUUGUGUUAACCAUACGCAAUGCCUCCGUGCAUUCAAUAUUCCCCAUUAUUGCAUUAGGAUUGAAUCAUGAUGGAGCCACUCUCUAUCCUUCCGAGCAUAGAGAAUGGGCCCGACAAA